AUUUGGUAAACUCGGUCUACGAACUGCUCAGCAUGUCUUCUCAUUCUCAUUCUCAUUCUCAACUUAAAUCACAUCAACAAUCUUCAUCAUCAUCACAACUUCAAUCUGAUUUGACUUCAUCAACUAAUAGUAACACUACCUCACCCUCUCAACCACAACCAUUACCACCUAAACCAACUCGAUCUCAAUUAAAGAAUCAAUCAAGAGUUCUAGAUUCAUUCUUACCUUCAUCUCAGAAAGUCAACAUAGCUCAAUUUGCAAAACAAACUUAUCAACUUAUAAAACCUUCAAAAGAUUUCGACCUUAAUGAUUGGUCAACCGAUUUACCUUCAAAUCAACUUGACUCACUCGUUCGAUCUUUCUUCUCGAUCUCACCACUCCAUUGAUUCCUAUCUACAAGGAUUCUAAUCUGAUAUCAGAACUACGUGAUCAUCAACAUGAAUUAGCAACUCCUUAUGGUUCUUUACACGCUCUUCAUACUCUCGAUCAAUCAUCUCGACCAGAAGAUGCAGAAGACUCUAUCCCAGUUCACGAUACUCAACCUGAUCCAAGACCUACUAAACGUCCUAGAUUUCUAGAACAAACGCCUACUCCAUAUCUGGCUAAUAUCUUGGAGAAUCGUCGACAAAACUCAUUUUCUUCCGCUCAAACUUCUACAUCGGACAUUCCAGUCACUCCUCUCAACCCACCCGAUUAUCUUGAUCCCACACUCUUUUCUCGACCUACUACAUCACUUUCUACA